AUGACUCCACGCUACUUUCAAGUUGAGGACCCCCAGAAUUGGAGCCCUUUGAAUUAUAUACAUCAUUCAACCCGCCCUUCCUCUUCCGCGAAAUAUGGCCUUAAGUUCGCGAGCAGAAAAUCCCUCCCCGAGGUUACUGCGCGAAUCCAUGGUCAAAAUGUCCUUCAAUGGAUUAUUGCACUUAGAUUCCUAGCUGGUUCGCAAUCGCCGGAGUUACACCGCCACUACGCGAAGAAGCAAUUAGCAGUUCUUCACAGCAGUAGGAAAAAGUUUUCCAGGUGGUAUGCGCGAAACUUUGAAGUCGCUAUCAAAAGAUCUGCCCGGGCAAAGUUAGAUGUGCUUGACAACGGCGGACCCAAUCAUGAAAAGUCCUCUUCAUCAUUUAGUCAGGCUCUACGUCCCAACCUAGAAGGAGAAGGAAAGGAAGAAAAAGGAAACGACGAUAACAACCACCAGGACGAGGACCACCCGGACCCCGAGGACGAGGAUGACGAGGAUCACGAGGACGAGGAUGACGAGGACCACGAGGGGAACGAGGAGGACGAGGACCACGAACACCACGAACACCACGGGGAGGAGGAUAAGGAGGACGAGGUGGGUGAGGGCAAUGGCAAGGCCUAA